CUAUACCCCACCUGCACAUUUAUACCCCGGCCAUGCUACGCAAUACUGAGCACGACGACUAAUUUUUCGGAGACUUAUACUCCCACCACCCGAUGUGGCUGUGACAGAUGACGAGGGUAAUGAGUUGCUUACGCACCAACCUCGUCAUCGCAUUUCUUGUCCCACUAACCAACUGCUCGCUCACCCUGCUGCGCUUCACUUUCUCAUCUCUUCACCAUCUUUUCGGCAUUACACUCAUCUAUACCUCACCUACACGAUUAUACCCCGACCAUGCUGCGCAAUAUCCAGCGCGACAACUAAUUCUUCGGAGAUUAUACCCCAACCACCCGAUAUGGCUAUGGCAGACGACGAGGGUA